UUUGAGAGUUAUUGUUUCCUUUAUUGACAGAAUGGAGAGGGAGAGUCCUCCUGCAAACGAUCUGUGUUCAGUGUGUCAUAGCGAUUUCCACACUCCAUGCCAAGCUAACUGUUCUCACUGGUUUUGCGGGAAUUGUAUUAUCUUGGUGUGGCAGCAUGGAUCGACUCAGCAACCUUGUAAGUGUCCACUCUGUCGUCGUAUCAUUACUUUGUUGGUUCCAUCCGAAGAAUCUCAAAGGCAACGCCAUGACCCUGAAGUGGCUCAGAUUCUAGACAAGAUUCAAACCUAUAAUCGAUUCUUUGGUCGAACCUCAACGGGUCUCCUUCAGAGGAUGCAAGAUCUUCCUUUUCUGUUGCCAAGGCUUCUUCGGGAAUUCUUGGACCCUCACAGAUCCCUUCCUCUUGUCAUUAGAGCUCGUGUUUAUAUUGCAAUGAUACUAAGUGCUGUAUACAUCGUCAGUCCUAUUGACAUAAUUCCUGAAGGGAUACUAGGAAUAGUUGGUUUAUUGGAUGAUCUCCUAAUUGGGCUCAUAUGCUUCCUGCAUAUUGCUGCCCUUUAUAGAUCAGUACUCUACACCCGUCAUGGGGGUUCCUGAACUACAUGUUUGCAAUUUGAGGUGAAGUGGUGAAAUGAGAUAAUGCCUAAGUUCCUGAGCAUUAUUCUCUCAUCUUGAAAAUUGACAUACCCUGUUUUGUACAGAGACAACUCCAUUUUCAAAUAUAGGAUUUAAAUGACUCUGCAAACGGUCAAUGGAAAAAAGCUUCCUUUAAAUUUCAAAUAGGUAUUGUGAAAUAGGUAUAUUUCGUUUUAGAAAGCUAUCUUAUUGAACCUCUGAGAGAUGCGUGAGGGAGGGGGGCAAUUACUAUCUUCAGUAUAGGGGUAUUCAAAAUCCAAAGCAAUCCG